AUGCUGCUCGGAGCGCCCAGGCUGUGCGCAUCCCGGGCGGCCGCCGCGGCGCAGAGAGAAGACGACGGCGACAGGCUGGGCGGGGACAUGGACGAGUCGUCGCUGCUGGACCUGCUGGAGUGCUCCGUGUGCCUGGAACGCCUGGACACGACGGCCAAGGUGCUGCCCUGCCAGCACACCUUCUGCCGCCGCUGCCUGGAGAGCAUCGUGAGCUCGCGUCGCGAGCUGCGCUGCCCUGAGUGCCGCAUCCUGGUGGGCUGCGGCGUGGACGAGCUGCCCGCCAACAUCCUGCUGGUGCGCCUGCUGGACGGCAUCCGCCAGCGGCCCCGCGCUGGCGCCAGCCCCGGCAGCAGUCCGCCCGCGCGUCCUGGCCCGGGCCCCAGCCCCGCUUCGGGGGCGGCCUCGGCCCUCGCGGGUGGCGGGGGCAGCUCCCCUGGAUCCCCAGUCCUCCUCCCCGCGGCUACCGGCGCCACCUCCAGCUUGCGCGAGCUGGCGACCAGCAGGAGCGCGCCCCCAGCAAAGGGCCCUCCCCCACCAACUGCCGGCAAAGCCCUGCUCAACCUCGAGGGGACAGAGCCUGGGGAACUCAGGUGUGGUGAAGGGGACGCUGUCGUCCUGCAGCGCCGGACUGACGAGCUCUGGUACCAUGGCCUCCUGCCUGCUGGCUUCGUCCAGAGCGUGCGGCCGCUGCCCCCGGCCCCGCCCCAGGGCAAAGCGCUCUAUGAUUUCGAGAUGAAGGACAGAGACCAGGACAAAGACUGUCUGAGCUUCAGCAAGGAUGAAGUCUUGACCGUAAUCAGAAGAGUGGAUGACAACUGGGCGGAGGGGAAGCUGAGAGACAAGAUCGGGAUAUUCCCACUGCUAUACGUGGAGCUCAAUGAUGCUGCCAAGCAGCUGAUGGAGAUGGACAAGCUGGGCCUGGCCUCGGCGUCCGGCUGCCUUGCCUCCCUGCCCUCUGAGGCCGGCGCAGUGGCCAGCGUGGCCCCGGGUCCCACUUCAGGCAGCACAGGGGCAGUCAGCGCCUUCCAGCGGCGUGUGGACAGCAAGAAGAACGCCAAGAAGCGGCACUCCUUCACGGCGCUCAGCGUGACGCACAAGUCCACCCAGGCCAGCGGCCACAGGCGCUCCAUGGAGAUCAGUGCCCCCGUGCUCAUCAGCUCCAGCGAUCCCAGGGCCGCGGCCAGGAUCGGGGACCUGGUGCACCUGUCCCGCAGUGCUCCUGCCCAGGACUCCUCGGCCGGAUCCACCCCAGUGACCGAACAGCAGAGCACAGCUCCCAGAGUCCAGCUGCCUCUCAAUGUGUACCUGGCGCUCUACGCCUACAAGCCCCAGAAGAGUGACGAGCUGGAGCUGCGCAAGGGCGACACGUACCGCGUCCUGGAGAAGUGCCGGGAUGGCUGGUUCAAGGGCACGGCCCUGCGCACCGGACUCUCGGGCGUGUUCCCUGGCAACUACGUGACACCGGUCUCCAGGAUUCCUGUAGGAGGGGCUGGGCCACCCCGGAAUAAUGCAGUCGGAGGGUCUCCCCUGGCCAAAGGGAUGGCCACAACCAUGCACCCAGGCGGUGGGAGUCUGAGCAGCCCGGCCACGGCCUUGAGGCCAGCCCUUCCCCUCACCACAGCCCAGGUCCCGGCCCAGCACCAGGCCGCCUCUCCCCCACUGGGCAGUUGUCUGAGGCACACCGUCCAGCCAGCAGCCAGCCAGGCCCGGAGCGCCGGCCCCACUGCUGCCCACCCGGCCCAGGUCCAGGGCCGGCCGACCGCCACGGUGUCGCCCCUGCGCACUCAGAACUCCCCGUCUCGCCUGCCCGCCAGCCUCAGGCCUCCCGCCUUGGGGUCCCCGCAGCACAGCCCCCAGCCAGUGACGCAGUGCCCCCGGCCGGCCAUCCCGCUCGCCUCGGCAGCCUCGGCCGUCACCCCUCCCAAUGUCAGCGCCGCCAACCUCAACGGGGAGGCCGGAGGGGGCCCCGCCGGUAGCCUGACCGCAUCCAGCCCCACCGGCGCGGGAGGCAGACCAGACGAGAGGAAAAACGAGAAGAAAGACAGGAAGAGUGGGCUGCUGAAGCUGCUGGCCGGUGCGUCCACCAGGAGGAAGUCGCGCUCCCCACCAUCCACCUCUCCCACCCAUGACCCCCAGGCAGUGGAUGCCUCGCUCCAGGGUGCGGUGGGGCCCGAAGUGUCCUUGCUGUCCAUCCACAGCAGGGCUGGGUCCUGUCCCAUCGAAGGCGAGAUGCAGGGUGCCUUGGGGAUGGAGCCACUGCACAGGAAGGCGGGCUCUUUGGAUCUGAGCUUCCCAUCACCCACCCGACCGGCCGCGUUCUCCACAAUCGCUGUCCGCCCUGAGCCCAAGCCACUUCCCAGAGAGAGGUACCGUGUGGUGGUCUCAUACCCACCCCAGAGCGAGGCAGAGAUCGAGCUGAAGGAGGGGGAUGUGGUCUUCGUGCACAAGAAGCGUGAGGAUGGCUGGUACAAGGGGACCCUGCAGAGGAACGGCCGCACGGGCCUCUUCCCUGGCAGCUUCGUGGAGAGCUUCUGAGGCCGUGCCUGCCCCCCAGGGACAGAGGUGCAGGGACCCCAGGGGAGCAGCCACCAGAGGCCCCAGUCCUUCCAGGCAGGCGGCAGGACCCACACACUGUGGGGUGGUUUGCUCCCAGGACCCUUCUUGCCCUCUACUCAUGGGGCUGACAGGGAGCACAGGCCCAGCGCAUUUGGAGAGCGUUCUCAAGGCAGCUCCGGGCUUCACUUGGGUCUGGAUUGCUCCUCACCCCAUCUAUACCUCAGGCACCACCACCAGGACCCUUAGCAUGGUGCCCUGGCCCAGGUCAUUGUCGGCCAGGUCCCUGAGGAAGCGCUCGGUUCCCGCGGGCGAGGUGUACACAGUGCUUCUUGCCUUGCUACCACGGUCCUGCUCCCGUGCUUCUUUCUUACACCUUUUUACUGCAAAGCUGUUAGACUUUAUAAAUCUCUAACAGGUCGUACACUGCCUAUUUUUCAUACAUCUGGUGCUGCCUUUUUGUAAAACUAGUAGGACUUGGUUGGAAAGAUCUCUGGGGAGACAGCAAAUGGGCAGAACUUCUGCAGGCACCCUGUGAGCCUGAGGAGCCUGGUGUUCACAGCCUCGGUCCUCCUGGGGCUAGAGGGGCCUCAGUGUUGGUGGGAGUUAGGAAAAGCCUGUCUCUUUAGCCCUUCCAGUGGCCCCGCUGCAUCUGGAGAUGUUCUGACAGGGAUGGCAGUGAAGGAACAGGAGGGGGGACCCCAGGCCACGAGGCCCUCCUGUCACUGUAGAGAGGAGACCACACCCAAGGCUUCCACUGUCAAAACGUGCAGUGGUCACUGCAGUUCAGAUUUGCCACCUUGUGGAGGUUUCACCAAGUUUCCUUUAAAUAGAUAUCUACUCUGUUCUCAGUGCAAACCUUGGUCUUGAGACCAGAGACACGGGGCUAACCAGGGCCACCAAAGGCCCACAGGAGCAGAGUCAGGGGUGGCAGCCAUGCGCUGAAUGCGGGCUCUGGCUGGGAAAUGCUUGGCACUUUGCACAGUCACACACACGCACCCGUUGUUCUGUUAGACACAGAUGUGUGUGAUUUUGGAGGAACGAACUGAUGACAAACCAUGAUGCCUGUGAUUCCGAGUCUUUAAAUAAAACUGA